AUGACGACGGCUUCACCUAGCGCCGGCUCUCCUGCCGGUCCUGCCGGUCCGUCAGGAUCGGUUCUCGGGCCGAGAAGCGCGCCGAUGCAGAGCCAGGCUGAGCUGAAGGAGCGACGCCAGCAUCUGACGCGGCUUCAGAUGCAGCAGCAGCGCAAGGGGCAAGAGGGAGCGUCUAAGCACGGAAAGGAGGAAGGUCAGAACGGCCGUCACGAGGGGGGAGAGGACGGAACGGAGGCGAGGGACGCUCGGGAUGGAACGGAGACUGGGCACGAGGGCGAGUCUGGCGAUCAGGGGUUGGCGAAGGAUGGCGACAAGCAGCAGGAAAAGCAGGUUACUGGGAGUGCGCAAAGUCCCUUGGGGGGGAAUGCUGGCGCUCAGGGGAAGAAUGCGCGCGAGGGAGAGGGUGGCGCGGAGGGGGACGCGCAGGAAGGGGAAGGUGGGGCGGGUAACGAGAAGAAUGAAGGGGGGAACGGGAAGGGGGAGGGGGCUUCGGGAGGAGAGGCGCCAGGGGAUUGCGACGGCAUGCUUGACGCGGGUUCGUCCGGCCAGCAGGAGGAAGGGGAGCAGCAGCAGCAGCAGCAGCACAAUGCAGGGACUGGAGGGUCCGGGGGAGGGUCAGCACCACAGGGACUGGAGGGUCAGCAGAAGGCUCAGCAGCAGCCGCAGCAGCAGCAGCAACUGUCGCAACCGCAGGAGCAGCAGCAGCAACAGUCGCAACCGCAGGAGCAGCAGCAGCAAUCUCAUCGCGUGUCACCUCAACAGCAGCAGCAGCCACAGCAACAGCAACAACAGCAACAGCAGCAGCGGCAGCAGCAACAACAACAACAGCAGCAGCAGCAGCAGCAGCAGCAGCAGCAACAGCAACACCAGCAGCAGCAGCAGCAGCAGCAACAGCAACAGCAACAGCAACAGCAGCAGGAGCAGCAGCAGCAGCAGCAGCAGCAGCAGCAACAGCAGCAUCAGCAGCAGCAACAACCGCAGCUACAGCCAGGGCAGCAACAGCAGCAGCAGCAGCAGCAGUCGGGACAGCAGCAGAGGCAGCUGAAUCGGGAGCAUGAGCAGGAGUUGCUGCAGCAGCAGAUGCAGAAGCACCAGAUGCUCUUUCAUCAGCUUCAGGAGCGGCGGCAGCAGCUGCAGCAGCAGCUGAUACAGCAGCAGCGGCAGCAGGGGUCGAUGGAUAUGACGCAACGGCAGCAGCUGAUUCAGACGCAGCAGCAGCAACAACUCAUUCAGCAGCAGAUGCUGUUUCUGAGGCAGCGGCAGCUGCAGCUGCAGCAGCAGCUACAGCAGAACCAGCAGCAACAGAAUCAGCAGCAACAGCAGCAGCAGCAGCAGCAGCAGCAGCAGCAGCAGCAGCAGCAGCAGCAGCAGCAGCAGCGGCAGCAGGUUAGCGAGCAUUUGGAUUCGCAGGGUGUGUCGAGUCAGGUGCCAAAGGAAGAGCCGAAGGAGCAGAGCGAGCAGGCGGGGAGAGAGGGUACUGCGCAAAACAGGGUCUCAGAGGCACAGGAGCAGCAGCAGCAGCAGCAACAACGCAAUCAGCAGCAGCAGCAGCAACAGCAGCAACAGCAGCAACAACAACUGCAGCAGCAGCAACAGCAGCAGCAGGCAGGCGCGCAGCGACCAUCUGAUGCUCUUUCCCAGCUGUUGCUGCGGCAGCAGAUGCUUCUACAGCAGCAGCAGCAGCAGCAGCAGCAGCAGCAGCAGCAGCAGCAGCAGCAGCAGAAGGCAGCGGGUCAGGGGCAAGGCGAGGAUGGGGAGAGCGCGGGAAGCCAGCAGGUGGCCCAGGCCCAGUCAAGAGCCCGCCCUGAUCUCCCCGUGCUCGCUCUUGCAGAGGCUGCAGGCAGCGGCGCCCUUGCUGCUGGUAGAGCAUCCAACGAUCAGGAUGCAGCAGGCGCCGGUCAAUCAACGGCUCACGAUGAGGGGACAGGGGAGCUCGCGCAAGCAGCAGGGAUAGGCGGGGUGGGAGGGCGAGGAGCAGCAGUAGGAGGAGCAGCAGGCGGGGCAGUAGGAGUAGGAGUGGGGCCAGGAGGGCUUGGAGGAGCGAUACAAGGUGGUGUGGGCGGGGAUGGUGAGGGCGAGCGCGAGGGGGAAGGGGCGUGCAGUGCAGGAGGAGAGGAUGCAGCAGCGAUGGGGAUGGGCAUGCCGGUGGUGGUGGACGUGUCACCAGAGGAUGGUGUGCUGCCUGCUGUGGGCGGAUUGGCCAACGUGGAUGGGUGUGUGCGCAAGCUCAUGGAAUUCAUGUACCACCAGCGCCGCCGCCCUGCUUUUGUCGGCCAGUACUUCGCCCCGCACGCCCCGCAGUACCUCCUGCUCACAUACUCUCCCCCUCUCUCCCCCCUUUCCCUCCAGGAUAACAACGAUAACAACGUGGAGUUCUGGCGCCAGUUCGUGGCCCAGUACUUCGCCCCCAAUGCCCGCAAGCGCUGGUGUGUUGCCUCCUACGGCAGGAGCGGCCGCCAGCCAGCCGGUGUCUUCCCGCAGGACAUCUGGCCCUGCGACCUCUGCGGCGCCAGCCCUGGUAGAGGCUUUGAAAUGACCAUGGAGGUGCUGCCCCGACUAUUCAAGAUAAAGUACGACAGCGGCGUGCUGGAGGAGGUGCUGUAUGCGGACCUGCCCGCGGAGUACAUGCUGCCAGGUGGCGCCGUGGUAUUGGAGUACGACCAUGCCAUCCAGGAGAGCCUGUUUGAGCAGCUGCGGGUGGUGCGCAAGGGCAAGCUCAAGAUCGUCUUCAACUCCGACCUCAAGAUCACCCUGUGGGAGUUCUGCACGCAGAACCACGAGGAGCUCGUGCCGCGCCGCCUCGUGCUGCAGCAGUGCAUUGAAUGGGUUCUGCUCGAUCGUUCUCGCAGCCCCCCUCCCGCCAUCCCUUCGCUCCUUCCCUCCUUCCCCCCGUCCCGUCGUCCCUCCCUCAUUCCCUCCCACUCUCCCCGCCUCUCUCCUCCCCCCGUGCCUAUCCACCUCUCCGUUGUUCCCAUUGUGAGUGACAGCUUCGCCACCAUGUGUCGCGAGUUGACACACAAGCUGGACGCCCCAACAGUCAACGACCUGGGCUUCACCAAGUGCUACGUGCGCUGCCUGCAGAUAUCGGAGGUGGUGAACAGCAUGAAGGACUUGGUCAACUACAGCCGAGAGCACAACAUUGGACCCAUCGUCUCCCCACUUCUCGACUUCCCUCUCCACCCUCGCCCCCCCUCUCUCCUCUCCGACUUCCUCACCUUCCGUCUCCCUCCACACUCCAAAGAGAUUCUUUCUGCUAUAUGCCCACGCCUCCCUCCCCAUGUCCCCUCCCCAUUCCCCGGCCGCCCCAAUGUGGUGGGGCAGCAAGGGCAGGGGCAGCAACAGCAUUCUAUGGGCCAGCAGGGGCAGCAGCAUUCGAUGGGGCAGCAGCAGGAGGAGGGAGGGAGCCCCCAGCAGCAGGGCAUGGGGCAGGGGAGGGACGAGGUAAGGGCCGUCACUCCCACCUCACAGCUCAUGGCUGAGGGUGGGGGGGGAAUAGGAGUGGUGGGGGGAAGAGCAGGGGGGAUGGGCGGAAUGGGAGGGGGCCAGCAGCACCAGGGGCAGGGUUUGCCGCCAUUGCCUCCCCCUCAGCAGAGAAACCUCCCCCCACGGUCUCCCUUGCAACACCUUCAGCAGCAGCUAUUGCAGCAGCAGCAGCAGCAGCAACAGCAGCAGCAACAGCAGCAACAGCAGCAGCAACAGCAGCAGCAGCAGCAGCAGGAGGUGCAAAGCUCUUUAUCCCCGGGCACAGGAGCAGCAGCAGGAGGGGGAGGAGGGGCACAGGGCUUUGGAGCGCAGAGCAUGGGAGCAGGGCAGGGGUCAGGGGCGGCAACAGUGGCAGCAGCAGCUGCCGCCCUGCGAAUGAGCAGUGCCGCCCAGAUCUCCGCCCUCAUGGGGUCCCUGGGGGCAGGAGGGGGAGCGGCGGGGGGAGGGGCGGGGCCUGGCGGUAUGGGCGGGAGGGGAAUGUCUAGAGCGGACAGUACAGGGGAGAGGGAGCCUGGGGGUAUGCACGCUGAUGGUGCUGCUGGGGGCGGGGCGGGAGGAGCAGCAGGGGCAGGAGUGGGGGGAGUGGGAGGAGUGGGGGAGGGAGGGGGAGCAGGCGGAGCAGGUGGGGGAGGGGGAGGAGGGGGAGGAGGGGGAGGAGGGGGAGCAGCAGCAGCAGCUGGCAGCACAGCGGGCGCGCCUCUGGGUCCGCCAAGGCUGAGACACUCGUCCUCUGUCAAUUCCUUGUCUGGAUCCGUGGGAGGGGCCAUGGCGGGCAUGGGGGGAGGGAUGGGCGCGGGCAUGGGCGGAAUGGGGGGCGCAGGGGGCGCAGGGGGAGGAGGGAGGGGGAUGGGCGGUUUUACCCGCGCUGGCAGUGUAGGGGGAAGCAUGGGCGGGAGUAUGGGCGGACCUGGGGGCAGGGUAAUGGGCUCAGCUGCUGCGGCUGCUGCUGCUGCUGCUGCAGGGGGGUUUGGCAUGGGAAGGAAUCAGGAGCUUGAAGCAUUGGGAGCUGAUGCUGGUGGUGGUGGGGGGGGGAUGGAAGGCACAGCAGCAGCAGCAGCAGCAGGGCAGGGGGCUGUGGGCGAGUUUGCAGCACUAAUGUCUCCUCCUGUGUCUCACCAGGAAGCUUCCUGGCAGCAGGCCGUUGCUGCGUCUGCAGCAGCAGCAGGGGGGGGUGGAGGUGGGGACGGUGGCGGUGCAGGGGGGAGGACGAAUGGUGGGGUGAUGGCGAGAGCAGGGAGCUAUGGGGCAGGCGGGGCAGCAUCAGCUAUGAGUGGCGGGGGCGGUGGCGGUGGCGGUGGCGGUGGUGCUGGUGGAGCGGGAGCGGCAGGAGGAGCAGGAGGAGCAGGAGGAGCAGGAGGAGGAGGAGGGGGGAUGACUUUGAGUGGGCUCCAGAGCAUGCUGCAGCAGAGUGCAGGUGCUGGGGGCGUGGGUGGGGGUGGAGGCAUGGCGAAUAGAGUUGCCACGCUGAUGGCUCGACAGGCUCAGAUCAAGGCCCUUGCUAAUCUUCGCCAGCAGCAGUCGCAGCAACAGCUGCAGCAGCAACAACAGCAGCAACAGCAGCAGCAGCAGCAGCAACAGCAACAGCUGCAACACCAGCAGCAGCAGCAGCUGCAACAGCUGCAGCAGCAGCAGCAGCACCAGCAGUCAGUGUCGCAGGGAAACCCGAUGGAAAGAGCAGCGGCAGCAGCAGCAGCUGCUGCUGCUGCGCAAGGGGUUAGUGGCAACAGCGGCAGUGUGUGCGGUGGGGGGGGAGGAGGGGGAGGUGCUGCUGGUGCCGCUGGCGGUGGUGGCAGUGUGAAUUUUGGAGGAAUGGGCAACGCAGCAGCAGUAGCAGCAGCUGCAGCAGCAAGCAGGUCAGCAGCAGCAGCGGCAGCAGGAGGGGGAGGUGGAGUGGGGGCGGGGAUGGGGGGAGGAGCAGCAGCAUCGCAAGCGGCAGCAGCAGCAGCUGCAGGGAACGUGGCAGUGAGUCUGCUGCAGCAGGCAGGGAAGCUGGAGGGGCUACGAGGGGCAGAGGCACAGAGUGCAGUGCAGCAGCUGAUGCAGCAGGUCAUGCUCAACCGCGCUGCUGCCCAGGCCGCUGCUGCCGCCUCUGCUUCCGCUGCCACUGGUGGUGCUGCUGCUGGGGGGGCUGGUCUUGCCGGUGCUGGCACUGCUGCUAGCAUGGCAGCAGCGGCGGCGGCUGCAGGGAUGCUGAGAGAAGGAGCGGCGGAAGGGGGGAUGGGAGGAGGCAUGGGCUCGCAUGGGGGUGUGGGGGCAGGCUUAGGGGGUCUGGGAGGGGUGGGUGGAGCAGGGGGAGGUGGGCUUGGGGGAGGUGUAUCUGCAAUGGGUCCUGCUGGGAGCAGGGUGGCUGCCAUGGCUGCUCGGCUCAGGAGCAUGGGGGUAACCAACCUGGCUGGGUUGGGAAUGGUGGGGAGCGGUGCAGGUGUUGGUGCUGGCGGUGCUGUCGGUGUGGGGGGUGUGGGAGGGGCAGGGGUGAUGGGCGGGGGGGAUAUGCUGCCUGACGGGAUGGGAGGAGCAGCAGGGGGUAUGGUUCGGGCUGCUGGUAACUUUGCUGGUCUGGCUUCUGCCGCAGGCUUGGCCGGACCUACGGGCGGAGGCGUGGGAGGAGGUUUGGGAGGGAUGAGAGGGGCGGCUUUGGCUGAGCGACUGGCGAGCCUAGGAGCCAACAUUGCCGACCUGGGGAGGUUUGAGAAUGUGAUGGAUGGUGGCGCUGGUGGUGGUGGUGUUGCAGGUUUGAUGGAUUCAGGUGUGUCUAUGCCGAAUUCUGCACUUGUUGGUGCAGGUGGGGGUAUGGGUGAUGUUGGCGCUGGUGGGUUUAGAGGUGGAUUGGGAGCCGCAGGUAUGGUUGGUGGGAAUGUUGGUUUGGUGGGAGGUUUGGGGUCGCUUGACCGGCUUGCAGCGGCCGGUUUGGUUGGUGGAGGUGCGGGGGGUCUAGGUAUGGGAGCAGCAGGGGUGGGUGGUUCGGCUGCUGUGGCAGCAGGAGCACUGCAAGCAGGGCUGCAGAUGCAAGAGCAAGUGGGAAUGGGGCAUGAGGGGAUGAUGGGGGGUGGAGGGGGCGGAGCCAAAAACGGAGCUAUGGGGCGCUCAUUUCCGCUCCCGCUGAACAGGAUCCGUCUCCGUAACCUGAGCGCGGCGCUUCUUCUCUUUUCGUUUCUCCUGCUUUCGUCUCUCCACGCCGCAUUGGCCUUCCACUUCUCCGCGGGGCUCCGCGCGGACAAGCUGCGCGGGAACAUGCGCGGAUGGGUGCACUGCGGACUGUCGCUUUGUAAAAAGCACAAACACGGCGGCGGAAAUGGGAAGGGUGGAACUGGGGGCGCUGGUGGCGGAAAGGGCGGUGGCGGAACGGGCAGUGGCGGAACAGGCGGUGGCGGAAUGGGUGGUGGUGGAAUGGGCGACGGAGGAAAAGGAGGCGGCGGAAGCAUGAUGGGCGGCGGAGAAAUAGGUGGCGGAGGAGAUGGAGGAGGAAUGGGCGGAUCUGCGCCUUCCGCUCCUGGAUCAGAAGCAGCCAGUGCUCCCGCAUCACAAGCAGCCAGUGCUCCCGCAUCACAAGCAGCCAGUGCUCCCGCAUCACAAGCAGCCAGUGCUCCCGCAUCACAAGCAGCCAGUGCUCCCGCAUCAGCUGCCAUGGCUCCCGCAUCAGAAGCAGCGACCAUGGCUCCAGGGAAUGGUAUGGGCGGCGGAGGAAUCGGCGGAGGAGGAAUGGGUGGAGGCAUGGGCGGACCUGGGUCAUCUGCUCCCGGAUCACAAUCAGCCAUGGGUCCUGGUGGGGGUAUGGGCGGCGGAGGAAUGGGCGGCAGCGGAAUGGGUGAUGGCGGAAUGGGCGGCGGAGGAAAAGGAGGGGGAGGGAUGGGCGAUGGCGGGUUGGGUGUGGGCAGCGGCAAUACGGGCGGGGGAGGGAUGGGUGCCGGUGGAACGGGUGGCGGAGCGAUGGGUGGCGGAGCGACGGGUGGCGGAGCGACGGGUGGUGGGGCGACGAGGGGCGGCGCGACGGGGGGUGGCACGAUGGGUGGCGGCGCAACUGGUGGAGGUGCAACGGGUGGCGGUGCAACGGGUGGCGGUGCAACGGGUGGCGGUGCGACAAGUGGCGGUGCAACAAGUGGCGGUGCAACAAGUGGCGGUGCGACGGGCAGUGGUGGAACGGGCAGUGGUGGAACGGGCAGUGGUGGAACGGGCAGUGGUGGAGGAGGGACUAUCAGCCUGGGAUCAGCAAGGUUGGAGCGGCAGCAGGGGGUGAGAUCUGAGGAGGAGGCGCGUGCUCCGCGCUUAAGGUCAGCUAGGGAAGCUGCGGCGGCGGAUGCGGGAGUGGGAGGUGCGGUGGUGGGAGGUGCGGUGGUGGGAGGUGCGGACGAUUUGGAGCGUCGUUGCCAUAACCUGAGCACGGCCUUCCUCCUCCUCUCGGUCGUUCUGCUUUCGUCUCUACACGCUGCGCUGGCCCUUCGUUUCUCCACGGGGCUCCGCGCGGACAAGCUGCGCGGGAUGAUGCGCGGAUGGGCGCAAGGCGGGCGCUCUAGCGGCCAGCAGCAGCAGCAACAGCAGAUCGGCGGAAUGGGCGGAAGCGGGAUGGGCGGUGGUGGAGUGAGUGGCGGCGGAAUGGGAGGUGGCGGAAUGGGCGGAGGCGGAAUGGGAGGUGACGGAAUGGGCGGCGACGGAACGAGCGGCGGCGGAAUGGGCGGCGGCGGAAUGGGCGGCGGUGGAAUGGGCGGCGGCGGAAUGGGCGGCGGCGGAAUGGGCGGCGGAGGAAUAGGCGGCGGCGGAAUGGGCGGCGGAGGAAUGGGAGGUGGCGGAAUGGGCGGCGGAGGAAUGGGCGGCGGAGGAAUGGGCGGCGGCGGAAUGAGCGGCGGCGGAAUGAGCGGCGGCGGAAUGGGCGGCGGCGGAAUGGGCGGGGGAGGAAUGGGCGGCGGCGGAAUGAGCGGCGGCGGAAUGGGCGGCGGCGGAAUGGGCGGGGGAGGAAUGGGCGGCGGCGGAAGUGGAGGUGGCAUGAGCGGACCUGGUUCGUCUGCUCCUGGAUCAGAGGCGGCCAUGGGCGCUGGCAGGGGCAUAGUCGGCGGCAUGGGCGGCGGUAUGGGCGGCGGCAUGGGCGGCGGCGGAAUGGGUAGCGGAGGCAUGGGCGGCGGCGGAAUGGGCGGCGGCGGAAUGGGCGGCGGCAGAAUGGGCGACGGCAGAAUGGGCGGCAGCGGAAUUGGCGGCGGAAUGGGUGGCGGCAUGGGCGGACCUGGGUCCUCUGCUCCCGGAUCACAAUCAGCCAUGGGUCCUGGGGGAGGCAUGGGCGGGGGAAUGGGUGGUGGCAUGGGCGGCAAGGGCGGCGGAGGAAUGGGCGGCGGAGGGAUGGGCGGCGGAGGGAUGGGCGGCGGCGGCAUGGGCGGCGGAGGCAUGGGCGGCGGAGGUACGGGCGGGUCAGGGUGGGUUACUCCAGGGUCGCAGGCAGCACCCGGCCAGGGUGGACCUGGGAUGGGCGGAGGGAUGGGCGGAGGGAUGGGCGGAGGGAUGGGCGGAGGAAUGGGUGGUGGGAUGGGAGGGCCUGGGGGCAACAUGGGAGGUGGUAUAGGCGGACCACAGUAG